GUUCUUUUGCUGUUGACUGAAGACAGGGUGGGAACUUGUUUGUGUGUGUGUGUGGGGGACAAAGUGUUUCACGAAGAAACAGAGAAGUUGCAGGUGCGUGUGCCGUCAGGAGCGUGAAGGAUGACUGUGACUCUCGCCAAAGAGAAGGAGGUGACCGCGAUCACCAUAAAGGCCGACAGCAGGAGCCCGGUUCCACCGCCGAGCCAGAUCCUGAGGGCUCUGUGCUACAAGGCCGUGUGCUGCUCGGUGAACAAGGGGCUGAUCAAACCCUCUGUCACUGCAGUUCUUGGGACGAUUCAGAUCAUGGUGGGCCUCUUCCACGUGGCGCUCGGGCCGGGACGACCUCCCUUACACCCUUGGGAUCUGACUGAUAUUGGAGCUUCUUACUGGCUGGGUGCUGUGUACACUGCAGCUGGAAUCACGUCCAUUCUGGCCGGACAGUUCCCUUCUCAGUGCCUGGUGAUCUUCACCGUGAUCGUGAACAUCGUCAGUGCAGCGUUUGCCUUCACUGGCAUUGUGCUGUUCAGCAUCGAACUUCAAGAAAUCAACAUGGGCAACAUGCGGCCCUGGGCUUUCUACAAUUAUUCCGACCCCUCUUUAGACCGCUUAUUGGCGAACGUUGAUGCCGUGUCAUUCAUGCUGGCCGUUCUCCAGCUGUGCGUGUGUGCUGGUGUCGCUGGUGUGGGCAUCAAGGCGGUGAUCAAUAUGAGGAAGAAAGAGGCUGGACAACAUGUCGGAGAUCAGCAGCCGGAGUCGGAAAUCUUCCUGACCAGUCCCUGUGCUUAGGAUGGGUCCUCCCAUCAAACCACAGAUUCCAUAGCUUUCCUCCUUUCUAGAUGCAGAUUGUCUUUGUCUCCUUUUAAAACCUACAAACCUGCGAUCAGGUUCAUGUCGGGCUGAUUCUGUGGUUCUUCUUUGGGGGAAUCUCAUUAUUAACCAAACACGUGGAUGCAUGCAAAACCACGUUAUAUCUCAAACACACCGUGACAACACCGGAGUCUGAUUCAGGUGACUGUAAAUGUUGAAUCACAAACUUCAGUGGGAAAUAAAAUGAUGUGCACGGAAUAAAGUUCACAUUUGUGAAGUCUU